GGGGCGGCCCCAAUCAAUUGGCCCGGGCGGGGUCGCGUGUUCAGGGGGCAGUCCUGGGAGGGGUCAUUGUGGAAACGCGCGUUGGGGGCGUGUCCUGGGCGAGCAGAGAAGCCAAUGAGGCACUGGGGGCGCGUCGCGAGCGGGAGGCGGAGCCAAUGGGCUUUGGGGGCGUGGCCGUAGCGGAGCCUCCGGAUCAAUGGGCGCGGGGGCGGGGCGCGGCGCGGGUCAAUUGGCCCGGGCGGUACCGAGCGGUACCGGGAUGGGGCUGCCGGCGGCGGUCCGGGACCGCGUGGCCGCGGCUCACCGGAGCUCGACGCUGCCCGAACGGCUGCGGCUCUACGACGGCUGGGCCGCCCGCUACGAGCAGGAUGUGGCGGCUCUGGAGUACCGGGCACCGCAUCUCGCCGCCGCCUCGCUCGCCUUCGCCUUCCCCGCGCCGCGUGCGGGGGCGCGGCUCCUCGACGUGGCCUGUGGCACCGGGCUCGUAGCGCGGGAGCUCCACCGGCGCGGGUUCCGCUGCCUGCACGGCGUGGACGGCAGCGCGGGGAUGCUGGAGCGGGCACGGAGCACCGGGCUCUACCAGGAGCUGCGGCUCUGCGUCCUGGGCAGGGAGCCGCUGCCCGCGCCCGCAGAGCACUACGACGCCGUGACGGUGGUGGGGGCCCUGGGCGAGGGGCAGGUGCCGAGCACGGUGCUGCCGGAGCUGCUGCGGGUCACCAAGCCAGGCGGCUUCCUGUGCCUGACGACGAGGAGUAACCCCUCGAACCUGCGGUACAAGGCGGAGCUGGAGGCAGCGCUGGGGCAGCUGGAGCAGAGCGGAGCCUGGCAGAAGCUGCUGGCCCAGGAAGUGGAGUACUGGGAGAGGGCCACCACAGAGGAAGAGAGCACCCAGGGCACUGGCUACAUCUCUGGGGUGGUCUACAUCUACCAGAAGUGCCCUGUUCCCCACCUCGAGGAAGGCUGAGAGCUACCAUGGCUCUGGAGGGGGGAUGAGCACUUGACCCUUUAUUAAACUGAACCCAGUGAGGAAUUUCCCCAUUCCCUUCCUCGGUUCCUUCUCACCAAGGUCUGGGCUUGGGGCCCUUGUCUGCUCCUCAGCACAGGAAGGGUCUCCUGGAUUCACCAGGGUCUCCUGGCCACCGCCUUUAGCUCUGACAUUUAGGCAUUGACCCCAGCACCUCAACGUUCACUGUGACAUCUCACAGACCUGCAUGGCUGUUCCAAGGCAUGGGAUGUCUUGGAACAUGGAUGUUCCAGUCUGGGAUGUCUUCUCCCCACCUCACCCAUCUCAGCACUCAUGGUCAAAAUCUGGAUCCUUCUUCAUCUCCUACCCCCAGAGUCUUUACCUGGGGAUGGCUGGAGGUGGGUUCCCACCGCUGUGUCCUGUGGCCUCCCAUUCUCAUCCUCCCUAGCGACUGAGCCAGCCCUGAGGUGCAGGAGCCUCCACAUCCAGAGUCAAAGCAGCUAUGCCAAGGUGACUCCCAGCUGGAGAGGCUUUCCAAGUGCCACAUCUGCCUUGCAUCCCACAACAGCUGCUUGAAUCUCAUUUUCCCACGCCUUUGUAGUUAAUGGUCUGGGAGGGGAAAUGAGUUUGGAAGGGAUCUGGGGAACUGGCAGCUGCUCCCCACCCAGGAGCCACCCAGCACUGCCUGCCCAGCCUGUUCCCCUAGCCCCUUGCUCGGCUGCCUUCACAAUUCCUCCUCCACUGCUUCCUUGGGAAGUUUUUUACCCAAAUCUCUUACUGGAAUAUUUGGUUUCUUUUCAUUUUUCCCUUCCCUCAGACCUGUUCCUGCUCAUCCUGUUCCAAUGUGCCUGGAGAAAAAGUUGCAUCCUUCCCCUCAGGAGCUUUUCCUCAGUAUGAGGCAAUGGCUGUGGCUGUGUCUGUCCCUGUUCCUCACCCAGGACAUCCCACAUCUUCCACACUCACCCUCCCCAUGGCUCUUGUCAACCUUCUGCUUUGUCCCCCAUGUUUUGGGAUCCCUGUACCCAUCAGUAGCUGUCCUACUGCUCCCUCCCCAUUUGUCUCCAACACUGUCCCCUGGGCAGCUGGGGAUUGUGGCUGUCCCCAGCCCUGCACUUGCCUGUUCAAUAAACU